AUGACAAGUAAUGGUAGAUCAUCACCAUCAUCAACAUCACAAUCACCAUUGUCACCCAAUUUAUCACAACCAAAUAUAGUGGCUUCUAAUACAACAACCUCAGGAGGAUCAUCAACUAUUAAUUCAACAGCCACAACUACAGCAACAUCAACAUCAACAACUACAACCACAACAAAUAAUGGCACACCAAUUCAAGGUACAUUAUCAACAUCAGUAAUUAACACAGUUAAUGCAGCAACAGCAGCAGCAGCGGCAGCAGUGGCAACAGCAGCAGCAGCAAAUAAUAAUGGAACUCAAUCAUCAUUAUUAAAUGGUGGUAGUAAAUCAAAGAAAUUGGUAGAGUUUAUAUUAUUAGCAGAGUUUGAUAUUCUACAAGGUAGUAAAGUUAAAUAUCAAUAUCCUUAUCCAAUUGCAACUGGAGAGAUGGAGUUAAUGUUAUCAGAGUAUAUGUUACCAGAUGGUGCCCAUAAGAGAAAUGACGAUUGGACAGUCUUCUUUUUAAAUAGACCCGUACCUGAGGGUGGUGCAUUAACCGCUUCAAAAUCACCAGAGAAAUCUAAAAACAACAACAAUAAUAAUAAUAAUAAUAACAAUAAUAAUAAUAACAAUAAUAAUAAUAAUAAUUCCUCAUCUUCUUCAUCACCUUCUUCACCAAAUAAUCAAAAUAAUAAAUCACCACAAAUCGAUAGUAAAUCAUCGGAAAAACAAAUUUCCUCACCUGUCGAAGCUUUCAUCUAUAGUUUCUCUGAAACUGAUGAAGAAAAAGGUUGGGUAAUGUUAGAUUCUGAAAAAUUAAAAGUAGAAUUUUAUCAAUCUCAUAUUUUAAUUGGUUCUCCUACAAGUGGUGUUUUUUCAACUAAAAUUGAAAAACAUGCAGAUUUAGAAUUUACACAACUUGAACCAUUAUUUGAUUGUGUUUUAACAGAUUCAAGUACAGCUUUAGGUAUUAGAUUUUUAGAGUUAUCAGAAGAAAAGAUAUUUUUAGAACAUCUUACUAGAAUGAUAUCAGAGGUUCAAGCAGAACAACAAAAUGGUAGUAAUAAAUCUGAAUCACCUGAAACUUCACCAACUACUACAAACCCAUCAACAACUACUGAAGAAAAUACAACUAUCGAUCCAACCACUAAUACAUCAACCAACACCAACACCAACACCAACACCAACACCAACACCAAUACUACUACUACUACAACAACAACAACAACAGCAACAACUACUGAAAAUAUACAACCAACCAAUACAACAACUACAGAGGGUGAAAAUAACACAACUAAAGAUUCAAAAGAUUCAAAAGAUCCAUCAAUCUCAGAAACACCAGAGGAUCAAAAAUGUAAAGAUUUCUUAUAUUGUCUUAGCUUUAUGAAUAAUCAAAAAGAUGAUACAGUUAAAAGAGGUGCCGUAGUUAAAUCGAUGGCUAUUUGUACGACUCAUCCUUUCAUAAGUAUAUUUAAACCAUUUAUUGUAUUAGCAAUGCAAAAAUAUUUUAGUAAUCCUUCAUUGGAUGUUAUUGUUGAAUUAUAUAAUUCUUUAAAUAGUUUAGAUAUGACAACUGUACCACAAUUAAACGAUAUUCAAAAACAUAUUUUACGUUCAUCACCAGAUCGUAAUAAACAUAUUCAUGCAACCACUAUAACUUAUUUAGGUAAUAAAAUGCCAUUAUAUAUACCAAUCACAUAUUUCCCUGAUGAAGUUGGUGAUUAUAAAGUUAUUGGAUUAGUUCAAAAAUUUGGUAAUGAUGUAAUGAAAAUAUUUAAUGGUGUAUUAUCACAAAAGAGAAUUAUAUUUUUAGGAUAUGGAUGUGGAGCUGAUGAAAUUUGUAAUUAUGUAUUAGCAGCAUGUUCAAUGGUAUGUCCACCAUUGAAAGGAACAAGGGAGAGAUGUUUCCCAAAUAUUAAUUUACAUCAUCAAAUUUUAAUCGAUAAAUUACCACCAAGUACUGGUGUUAUAUUGGGUGUUUCGAAUCCAGUGUUUGAAGAGCGUUCAGAAUGGUGGGAUAUCCUUUGUAAUAUUGGUACUGGUAAGGUUAUAUUGAAUCCAUCAUUGGUCACUGAAAUUCCUGAUAAAUUCCAACAAUACGAUAAUGAUUUCAUGGCAGAGGUAAACUAUAAUAUCUCUGCUCACUAUGGUGAGGAUAAAAUUAAAUCCCUCUUUCAAGAAUAUACUCAACACAUUGUAGAUAUGGCAUUGGAUGAAGAAGAGUUCUUGGAUGAUCAACAACGUCAAUUGGCAAUCGAUGCAAAUCAUCAACGUAUUGAAGCUUGGACGAAAACAAAGACAUUCUCAACCUAUCUCUUUGAUAAAGAAAAUACAAAACGAACUAGUGCCAUUAGAGAUCAUACCAUUCUCUCCUCAAUUCGUAAACUUCGUAAGAAAAAACAUAUUCCAGAGAAAGAAGUCUUAAAAAUUUAUCAUUCCUUUUUAAAUUCAAUUAAAACUGAAGAACAAGUAACCGAGUUCCUCUCUUACCUUCCAAAAUCACAUGGUGGCUUAUUCCCUGUCGCUGUUGGUCUUUUCCAUAAAUCUGAUGAAGUACGUUAUGCAACUUGUCAACUCUUAAGAAUUUUAGAUAAAUUUCAAUCUGGUAAUGCUUUCAUCUCUGGUUUAAAUCCUUUCUUAAAAACUUCUUAUGAAAGAACUUUAAGAAUUCAAGAAUUAUUACAAUCAAAAUAA